CUCCCAAUCAGAGGACGUUGUGAAACUAACCAAUCAAGAAGAGGCGAUACGUCUUUGAUCCAGGAAGUGUUCGAUGCUGUUCUUGCCAAGUUAUGGCAGACCAAAUAACAACAGAGGAUGGCAUUGUCCCCAUAACCUGUGUUCCUAACCAUAAUAAUGACAGCAUAAUCAUCCCCCUUUAUCCACAAGCACAAAGUGGCUCAGAUGUGGAGGAAGAUGUUCUACCGCUUAAUGGUCCCUUACAAUAUUCCACUACCCUAACUAACAGGCAGCGGGGAAACAUGGUAUCUGUAUUGCCAGCCACACUCGAUUCUCUGUCUGUACAGCAACUUGCUGCCCAAGGGGAGCUCACCCAGCUGAAAGAAUAUAUACAGAAAGAUAAGGCAUUAAUCAACUGUCCAGAUGAGAGAGGUUUUACCCCUUUGAUGUGGGCUGCUGCUUUUGGAGAGAUAGAGACUGUUCGCUACCUCUUGGAGCUGGGAGCUGAUCCUCACAUUCUUGCCAAGGAAAGAGAGAGUGCAUUGUCUCUUGCAAGUACUGGUGGAUACUCAGACAUUGUGACGCUGCUCCUGAGUAAAAAAGUGGACAUCAAUAUAUAUGAUUGGAACGGAGGUACUCCAUUACUGUACGCAGUGAGGGGAAAUCACAUGAAAUGUGUGGAGGUUUUGCUAGAACGAGGUGCUGAUUUAACCAUGGAGGCUGAUUCUGGAUACACCCCAAUGGAUCUUGCUGUGGCUCUGGGCUACAAAAAAGUUCAACAGGUCAUUGAGCAUCACAUUCUGAAACUGUUUCAAAGCAAAGACUAAUAUCCUGCAGUGGGACUAGUAGAGGAGUGUACAAUAUUAUCUGCAAGAACAAAUACUGUCUAGGGGGAUCAGAGAUUGAGUGCAUAUGGCCCUGCUCUGGCUGUGAUAAAAGCUGAUCUUACAAUAUGAUUUUAGCAACCUGUGCCUCUGGACCAGACUGCACUGCAAGCAUCACCCAAAGAGAAUGGACUGCUUUCCUGGGAUGCAUUUUAAAUAUGUACAUGAUUGCUGACAUCAUGGCAAUAUGUCUACGUUUUGUGAGAAAGAGCAAAAGCCUAGUAUUUGUACUCUUCCUAAUCAAUGUGCCUUGUGUAAAGAGAGAUUAUUAUUAUUAUUAUUAUUAUUAUUAUGGAAAAUGGGAGAGGUAAGCAAUUAUGUCCACAAAAUUUCAGGUACAUAUGAAGUGCAGAAUGAAUAACUUCUAAAACUAAAAAAUAAUGCAACUACUUGAUUUGUAUUUUUCCAUUUUGCUCUUCUGUACAUUCUUGUGUGUUCUCAUUAUUACAUUGUGGCCAAGUUCCUUGUGUUUCCAUGAAUACAGUGAUGUUAAGAGCAUAUUCGUGUAGCGGGCUGAAAAUGUGGCAUAGGAUACUCUAGUUUCAUAUGCAUGGAUACAGCCAUUUACAGGCUCAGAGGACUAUGAUAUUUUUUGAUCUUAAAAUUCUAAAAGAAGUACAUUGGUUGUACUAUUUUAUAGUGAAAUAAAAGUUAUUACAUGUGAGAUUCUUUGGUAGAUUCUCUUCAAACUUUUCACUGACGGAAUAUGGUAAAUGCUGAGCAACUAGCACAGUUUCUAACUAAUGAACAGUUCCUGUGCAGCUUGUGAUCUGGCUACUAUGGGGGGCUCUAAUAUGACUACCCUGGAAAUGGACCUAGGACAAGCAUUGCAUGGAUACUCUUGUGACAUGCAUGUUUGAUAUUUUUUCAUUAACAAAAAUUGCAUGUCUAACCCUGAUGCAGAAUGCUCCAAUAUUGUUCUGCCUCUUAACUAUAAAAUUGGUUCAAUACACUACUCAUGCUAUAGCUGAAUGGAAUAAGCCCAAACCCUAGGAAUAUACUGUUGUUGCCACUGAAUUGCAUGUCAUAAUUUAGGGUGAAGACACACAUAGCUAUUAGUAGCAGCUACCUGUCCCGGCUACUAAAAUAGACAAUGCUGAUAAUUUACUGAUAAUUGUCUCUACGUGUGUUUUAGCAGAGGCAAUUUUCAGUAUUGUCUAUGGUAGCUGCUACUAUGUAGCUCCAUGUGUCUUCACCCUUUGGCUGUAUGUGAAGAUUAAAGAUUUUUAGAACAUGGAGAAAGCAGGUGCCCUUAUUUGAUUGUUGUGAAAUGCUUGGGAUAUGCUGGUGUUGAAGCCGAUUGCUAAAAUUAACAGAACCAAAUGACCUUGUAUUAAUGUUUGUCUUUAAUCAGUAAUGAUUGUACAAGUGACAUUGCCUUAACUUCUGUAUCCUCCUCCCCUAAGACAUAGGAAUGUACUUUUUUAUUCACAAUCUAGAGACAAUGCAGCAGUUGAACACAUACAAAAUUACUAUGCAUUUUAUCUUUCAUUAAACUUGAUAAAAACCAGGCCCAGACUGGUCUUCUGAAAAUAGGCUCUGGCAUUUCAAAUACACAGAGGCCCAAACAGCCUCCUACUAGCUCACGAAAUAUUGACUAACUGUGGUAUCUUACAGCAGCCUCUCUGGCGUUUGCCAGAAUCGACAGAUUGCGAGUCUGGGUCUGUUAACUAUAUUAAAACCGCCUAUUACUGAUGUAGAAAAACUGUCAAUGACUUGCCUAGGUACUAGACUAGAAGGCAACAUUCCGGAAUAAUUAAUUGCCACUGCAGAUUGCAAAUGAGGAUUAUGAAUUUAAAAAAUUAUUUUCCUCACAGCAACCACAACAAUUUGAUCUUGUCCCUUUAUAUUUUUUGCAAGACUAGAUAAGUUCAGUAAAAAUUUAAUUUUGAAUAAACCUAUACCUGUUGUAUAGUGGCAGUGAACCCUUUUUUUUUGUACAGUGUGCAAAACAUUUGAGUCCUCCAAAAUUGUGCUACACAGGUCUGAUAAAAUGUCUGUACCUGUGUUAGUGGAUUUCUUCUAGAAAAUCAGUUUUGCUGUGGGAUGUUUAUGCUAAUAAUAAAACAGAAAUCAUUGCCAGAAAUAAUACAGUGCUUUGCCAUACAUUAUUGCAAUCAGGUGUUUUGCAGAGUACAGGAGUCAGGAUUUAAAAAAAAAAAGAUUUUUCUACAACUUACAUUUUAAUGGUUUCUUUUUUAAAGAUAAAUAUUUUGCUCCUUGUAAAAUAAAGAAUAUUUGAUUUU